CACCGCCCUUGAAAGCUGACUAGCCUCAGAUCUAGCUGACCACCAGCCAACUAGUAAACACAGAAGAUGGAAGAGAAAAUGUCAACGUCAGUGAUGGACCCCUUUAAAGAUGUCCUUCUCCAGUACUUUAUGCCAGAGAAAUGUUAUGACGAAUUUUUCCUCGAUUUCAAUUUUUUGCAUGUUGAAUGUCUGAAGAUAGUUUUAAGCAAAGGUCUGGGGAUCGGGAUCAUUCUGGGAUCAGUUCUGGUAAAGCUUCCACAGAUCCUAAAGCUGAUGGGAGCAAAAAGUGCAGAGGGCCUUAGCUUCAACUCCAUUCUUCUUGAGUUGUUGGCGAUCACAGGAACUAUGGCCUACAGCAUUGCAAAUAGCUUUCCCUUCAGUGCCUGGGGUGAAGUGUUAUUCCUAAUGUUACAGACAGUUACCAUUGGAUUCCUCAUUCAACACUAUGGCGGAAAAACCAUCAAAGGGAUAAUCUUUCUUGUGGUCUACUUUGCCUUGGUGGCAAUCCUGCUCUCGCCAAUGACACCCUUGUCUGUGGUCACCACUAUGCAGGCUUCGAACAUGCCAGCUAUCAUUUUUGGCAGGCUAAUCCAAGCUGUAACUAACUACCGCAAUGGACACACAGGGCAACUAUCUGCCAUAUCAGUCUUCCUGCUCUUUGCUGGAUCCCUGGCGAGGAUAUUCACCUCUAUACAGGAAACUGGGGACUCUCUGAUGGCCCUGACCUACGUCAUCUCGUCCAGCUGUAACGGCAUCAUCGCCGCCCAGGUCCUCUACUACUGGAGCAGCGGCCCUGAGGCGCUGAAGAAGAAGAAGAAGAAGAAGGCCGAGUAAAGUCUGCUUGAGGGACAGUGCCUGAGAGAUUUAUAUCUUCCUUUUCUUUUAUGACUUUCCUAUGAUCUCACUGGUCAGUCUGAUCAGCUCAGUCUCAUUGAUCAGUCUGUCCGGCUCUCCGAAAGGUGUGAAUUCAGCGCUGUCAUUAUAGAGGUAAACAAUUCUGUUUGGGGAUCUUUUUGCAUGCACUCUGAAUUGAGAGUGUGGCUGACAACGAAUACUGUACCACCGUCACACACUUGCACUCACACAGACAACACACUGUCUAUUUUCUUCACUUGAUCAACGACCAAAUCAAGAUACUCGGGCCCUCUCACACCGCAUUCCAUCUGUCUGUGAUUCUCAGCUGUGAACAUUCUCUGUUCUCUCAGAGAUUAAUUCAGGGAGGACAAGUGUGUUGGAUGGUCAUUUUCAUUUGUCCUUCUUCCUGUCUCUCUCUACCUUAUUCUCCAAUUCGUGUCCAUGUGUAAGCCACUUGAAGCAGCCGUGCUGUAUGCAUACUGUAAAUGUUCAAAUGUUGCCAUGGUCCUCGGACCUGUCUGAAUCCAUGGUGUAUGUACUUUGGAAAGUGCAAAAUGGUUGACAACAUAGCUGUCAAUGUCUUAUACUGAGAUAAGAAUGAGAGAUUCAAAUACACACGCUGUACUGUCAAGAAUUGUACUGUAUGAAACUUCCCCUCAUUUUUUUUAUACCCUGAGAAAGAAAUUUGCACAAUCUGAAUAUCUUUGUACUAUACGUUUGUGGUACUGCACAAUAAAUUCAAGGGGGUCAGAUGUGCAGGGGUUCCUGGGCUCUUCACUGUUGUCGCAGUCCUGUAAUACAUUUCCAGUGAGGUUUUGGCCAGUAAAUCCCUGUGAGAAUGAAGUAAAA